AUGAGCUCCCAGGAUUUUCUCAACCCGAAGCUUUCUGCCGGACGUUCGCGGCCCCAGUCAUUGCAGUUUGAUACAGGCCGGAAGCUCUCACCAACCACUCCUUCUGCGCGAGCGCUGUCAGGCAUCUAUGGCUCCUCGACGGCAGCAAGUUUUCGCUCCGAUGAGGAGCAUUUGAUUUUCGAAUUUGGCUCUCGUUUCCUUCGUGCUGGAUUUGCUGGGGAGAGCAAACCGCGAUGCACCAGAGCCUUCGGCCCUGAUGAGCAGCGCCGGGUUGGCGAUUUUCGCCGUUGGAUGCCCGGCUACGAGAACGUGCGUCGGAAGCGAAAGCGAGGCCAGGAUUGGGGAGAGGAGUAUGAGCUGUGGAAAAUGGACCUACGCACUGCAGACCUCGGGUUGGUUGAAGACAAGAUCGAGCGAGCCGUCAGAGAAAUUGUAGCCCAGUAUCUACUCCUCGACCACCGGCCACGCCGUGCUACCGUGGCGGUCCCUCCUCAACUUCCCCGCCCCUUGAUGACCGCUCUGUUAUCCUCAGUCUUCACCACGCUUCAGGCCGUCAGCAUCACGGUCCUCUCUAUUCCCGUCUUGAACAUCGUCUCGGCGGGGCUCAGAUCGGGCCUGGUCAUCGAUCUCGGAUGGGCUGAGACGACAGUUACUGCAGUGUACGAGUACCGUGAAAUCCACCACCGAAACAGCAUAAGAGCCGGAAAGUACCUCACGGAGGAAAUUGCCAAAGUCUUGAACGAGGAAUGCCACAAAUCCAAAAAGGAUCCCCCACCGGAAAUCCAAGAGGACAUCACAUUUGAGGAAGCGGAAGAAGUAUUGACGCGGAUGGCCUGGUGCUUGAACCGCGAAGAAGCCCUAAAAAGGAAGAAUGGCGCGAACCCAGACAGCUCCGCGAGCGAUCCUUCCGUUACAGUGCCAUUCCCCGCUGCAGACCCGCCUAUCACGGUAUCCGUUCCUUUCAGUCGGUUUGCUGAGCCGUCUGAAAACGCCUUAUUCGCCAGCAACUGUUCCGCACACGAUAUCGACGACCAUGACCUUCCAAUUCCACUGCUUGCUUACAACGUUCUCCUUUCGAUACCCAUUGAUGCACGGAAGCUCUGUAUGCCGCGGAUAAUCGUUACCGGUGGUGCCUCAAAGCUGCCCGGAGUAAAGCGGCGUAUCCUCUCAGAGAUCGAACACUUGGUCAAGAAGCGCGGUUGGGACCCUGUGCGUAGCUACGGUAGUGCGACUCAGAAACGGGAAGAGCUGAAGAUGCGGAGCCAUCACGUUCGCAGUAACACUGUCGACACGCUCUCGCCGCUUCCGCUGCAACCCUCGGGUGAUGGCAGCAUUUCCGAAACGAUGGCGCAGCAGGAAGAGGACGAAGAUCACAGCGCGCAACAGACUCCUGGAUCACAAACGCCUACUUCGCAACGCGCCUCUUCACGCUCCUCUGGCACCGUCACACCAUUCCCCGCGUCAGAAUUGCCACAGGAAAUCGACCCUAUCACGGCCAAGCUGCAAGAAUUGGGAAUGAAGCAUCGCCAACCAGGACCCGAAGGCGUUGUGCGUGGGGUUGAGACGCUAGGUGCAUGGGCAGGUGCUAGCAUCGUGGCGCAAAUGCGUAUACGCGGAAUUGUGGAGGUCGACAAGGAUCGGUUCAUGCAGCAUGGCCUUGCCGGCGCAACCAAGGAUGCAGGGCAUACAACCGUAGUCGAGCAGAAGAGACAGAGUACCCUGGGUAGUGGAGGAAGGGCUGCCGGUGAUAGAGGUAGCUGGACACUCGGCGUUUGGGCCUAG